AUGUGGAAACACUGCAGUCUAGUGGCGGGAUGCCGUCACUUCGCGGCUCCGCUCAAGGGGAAGAAAGUUGGCUUCAGUGACUGUGUUUCAAGUCAGCAAUUCUGCCAACACUUGGACACCCAGAAAAUCCUGCAGCGACAGAGCAGGCAGACAAGAGAGAAGGGGAGAGGAGAGAAGAGAGUCACAGGGAGCUCAGCGAACACAGAAACCUCACAGAUGAAACCGUCAGAUUUUGACUAUCUGAAAGUUAUCGGCAAAGGCAGCUUUGGAAAGGUGCUGCUGGCAAGGCAUCAAGAUGGAGGUUACUAUGCUGUCAAAGUGCUGCAGAAACAGAUGAUUGUCAAGAGGAACGAGCAGAGGCAUGUGAUGGUUGAGAGAAGCGUGCUGCUGAAGGGACUACAACAUCCAUUCCUGGUGGGGCUACACUUUUCUUUCCAGACACUGAACACACUCUACUUCGUCCUGGACUAUGUUAAUGGAGGGGAGCUUUUCUACCACCUUCAGAGGGAGGGUUCAUUUCCUGAACCGAGGGCUGCUUUCUACGCUGCAGAGAUGGCCAUGGCACUGGACUACCUCCACUCUCUCGACAUUGUUUACAGGGACCUCAAACCAGAGAACAUCUUGCUUGACAAUGAGGGUCAUGUGAUGCUGACUGACUUUGGGCUUUGUAAAGAAGGUGUGGCAGUAGGUGGGAUCAUGCAUACAUUCUGUGGGACUCCUGAGUACCUCGCUCCAGAGGUGCUACAAGGCUUCCCAUACAGUCCAGCAGUGGAUUGGUGGGGCCUCGGCACUGUGCUGUUUGAAUAUGGACUGCCUCCGUUUUACAGCCAUUGCAAAGCAGAGAUGUUUGAGAACAUACUUCACGCUCCACUGCAGGUGCGCAGUGGAGGUUAUCAGGCCUCACUGUUAAAGGGGUUGCUGGAAAGAGACGUCUCCAAACGCUUAGAGGGAAGCAGUGACCUUGCGGAGCUGCAGGAACAUCCCUUCUUUGCAUCCAUCGAGUGGGACGACCUGCUGGCCAGGAAAGUGAGACCUCCCUUCAUCCCAAAAGUGGCCGGCCCCUGUGAUUUAAGCUACAUCGACCCUGAGUUCACUCUCCAACCUGUCCCUGCCUCUGUGAAUAAGUGCCAGGCGUCUGGGACCAACGAGGCCUUCCCAGGAUUCUCCUUCAUGAACCCAGUGGAGUACGUGGCAGCAAAGCCGGGUUCAUAACAACGUAAAAUCUUCUGGGAACGUGUCAAAUAUUUAUUUUUUAUGUCAUACAUUAUUAAAUCAAAUUCUAUUUUUAAACACUUACA